AGGACAGAAAUGGAGGGCUGGCCUCUGGGCCACGGAAACCCGAGGGGGCAGGUGGGGUGGUGGCAGUGAGUGCGGGCCGGGGCCCUGGGCCUGGGUCUGUGAAGAACCUGGUCUGUGGCUCACGUGCCUCUGCUGACCCAGAAUGGAGAACUUCCAGUACAGCGUCCAGCUGAGCGACCAGGACUGGGCUGAGUUUUCAGCUGCCGCCGAGGAGUGUGGCCUCCUGCAGGCCGGUCUGGCCUCUGGGGAUGAACCCUUGUCUAGCGACACUGACCAAAGGGACAGCAGUGGCAGCAGCCCCCCAGGACCCUCACCCCUUCUCGAGGGGCAGCUGGCUCAUGCAGGAAGUAGCUGGCCCAGCUUUGAGGAGGAGGACAAGGCCGCCACCCGGCAGCUGGUCAGCAGGUCUUGGCAUGAGCCCAUGCUGGCCCCAGAGGCCGGUCAGCAGACGCCCAGCACGUCCGCACGGUCAGAAGCUCGGCUGUCCCUCAGCUCUGGUGCCGCCCCUCUCAUCCAGGGCUCAUCCCUCCCGGGGCCAGUGUCUUCCAGAGACGAGAUGCAGAGGAUUCUGCAGGGGCCAGCCCCCCGGGGCCCUGCCCCUACUCCUGUUGGUGAGCCCGCUGGGAGUCCUGAGUCCCCUGGCCGCAGUGCUGCCCCCCAGAGGUCCCCUGGCAGCCCUGGAGCCCCGCCAAGAAGCCCUGGCCGAAAGAAGAGGCGCACUGCAGGCACCAAAGCGGGUGGGCGCUCGGGUGGCCCAGGCCCUGCUGCCACCCAGCUGGGUUCCCCACUGCUCACAGAGGCCAGGCCUGAGGACAGCCUCGGCCCUGCUGGGUCCAGGGGGAAGGGUCUCCCAGCAGGAGCAGCAAAGCAGACAGCAGGAACUGGGCAGAUUGAGCUGGGGCCAGAAUCUGCAGGAGCCCCCGAGCAGGUGGCCAGACAAGGGCCAGGUGUGGAUCUGUCUAUGUCUGUCCCCACUACUGAGCAGGGAACAGACCGACUUGGAAUGAGCCCCAGAGCUGAGCCAUGCUCUGUGUCCAUGUCUGACCCAGAGGCUCCUCUAGAUGUCACGAUUAAGUCAGACGUGGCUCUAUCCACACCUGCCUCCGAACCUCUACCCGCUGAGUCUCAGUCUACACCUGCCUUCAAGCUUCAACCCGAUGAACUUCAGUCUACACCUGCCUUCAAGCCUCAACCCGAUGAACCUCAGUCUACACCCGCCUUCAACGCUCAACCCGAUGAACUUCAGUCUACACCUGCCUUCAAGCCUCAACCCGAUGAGCCUCAGUCCACACCCACCUUCAGUCCUCAACCCGAUGAGCCUCAGUCUACACCCACCUCUGAACCUCAACCUGAUGAGCCUCAGUCUACAGCCACCUUCAAGCCUAGACUGGAUGUGGACCUGCUUGUGCCGGGGCCAGUGGUCCAGCCAGAGGUGGAUUCAUCUAUGCCUGCCUCAAAGGCUAUACCAUGCACAGCUCUGCCUCAUCUUGUGCUCGAGGCUGGAUCUGAUGUGGGUGUGUCUACACCACGUGCUCCCACACCCCAGGCUGGGCCUGACAUGGUGGAAGCAGAGGUUGUUCCCGUGGCCAAGCUGGGUUUGAGCCCUGUUCGGUCUCUAGAGGGGUGCCAACAGAAGCCCAGAGGGGAGCCCUCAAUAGAUGCCCCUGGACACCACACUGGGGAGCCCCCUCUAGGCCCCAUCCAAGCACCCAAGAAGAAGAAAGUGCGAUUCUCCGUGGCUGUGCCCAGCUCCGAAGAGCCAGGGUCAGGAGAGGCCUCAGGCCCACCCUCUCCAGCCACAGCCCCCAGGAUGGCAGCUGGGGGCCACAGAGGCUCUGGAGCUUGGGACUCUGUGGCAGUUGGGCCCCGGAGCCCCCAGCCUCGGAUUCUGAAGCACCUGCCCCCCCCUGCCCCCUCUGCCUCUGUGGGGACAGGGCCCAGGAGCUACUUUGCGGUGACCCUCCCGGAAGCUUAUGACUUCUUCUUUUGUGACACCAUUGAGGAGGAAGACGAAGAGAAUGAGGGGGCAGCAGAGGCUGCCCAGGCUCCAGCCGAAGUCCAGUGGCCGGAUGUGUGUGAGUUCUUCUUCCAAGACAGCCAAGUCCAGAGGUCGAAGCACCAGGAGGGCCGCUCCGAGGCCCCACCCCUACAGGCUGGGCCUGUGCCGGCCCCUCCACCUGGAGACCCCAUGCCAAUCUCCAUCCCUGAGGCCUAUGAACACUUCCUUGAGGAGGACAGGUCCGGGGGCACGCUGGGGCCAGCCGCCCUUCUCCAGGUGCAGGCCACAGAGCCCCCCAGGUCAGUCCUCUGGGGAGUGGGGACUGGCGCCCCACCGGAGUCCAGCCCAGCCACAGUGGAACAGCUUACCCUGGCCAUCAGGGAAGCAGUGGCGCCCCGGGGUCCCCUCACCUCGUUCACCUUCAGCCAGAAAGACAUGUGCAUGGUGUUCGUAGCCUUUGCUACCUGGGCUGUGAGAACAUCAGACCUGCAUGCCCCAGACGCCUGGAAAACAGUUCUGCUGGCCAACAUUGGCACCAUCUCUGCCAUCCGAUAUUUCCGCCGGCAGGUGGAGCGGGGGCGCCACAGCCGCAGUCGCAGCCCCAGCCCCAGCUCCAGCCCCAGCCCCUAGGACCCAGGCUUGGCCCAGGAAGACGCAGGACAAGGAAAUGUCCACAGGUGCUCAGGACAAGGCACUGCCCUUAGGCCUUGCCCUCUGACUGUUUGCGUUCUGCAGUGUCUAAGAAGGAGACUGCGUCCUUGGUCCCGGCUCCCCUGGACUCCACUGAGGGUCUGACCAGUGGCCGAGGCCAAGGCUGUGCUCCACACUUGGGAGCGGGGAGAUUCUGGAAGGCUGGGUAGGUAGGGGCUGAGCAGGAAGCUGGUUAGUAAGGUGGCCAGGUUAGCAAUAAAAAACACAAGGCGUCCAAUGAAACUUGAAUCUGAGACACUCAGGAUGAGUCCCACUUAUGCUAAGGAACUGUUUGUGGUUUAUCUGAAACCGGAAUUAACUGGAAUCCUCAUCCUAUGUGGUUAUGCUUCUGGAGGGAGGGCCACGACAAGGCACUGGAAGUUAGAGGGGUUCAGAGAAGCAGAAAGGCCCCAGCAGGAGAUCCGGGCAGGGGGAAAGGGCAAGGAGGCAGAGGGCCUCAAGGCUGGGGGGUGGGGCGGUGUCCCAGCCUCUGCACUAUUUACAAGAGGCUGGGCCGGUGGUGGCCUCUGAGGCUUCUCCGACCCUGGAGUCCCAAGCGUCUGGUCAAGGCCUCCUUGGCUCCUGCCCGAGACGGUGAGCAGGUACCCAGAGGGAUAGGGGUCUGUAGGCAGGGCCUGGAGCCCCACCUCUGGGGCGCCCUGGAGGAGCUACAGAGACAGAAGGCAAGGGUAUUGGGUGGAGGGACUGGACACCUGGCUUCGCCCAGGGCUGAGAGGAGC